AUGAUUUCUAAGGGAUAUUCAUUUUCAAUUGGUACUCGUCAUUUGACAUAUAAUGUGUUUUCACGUCCAUCAUAUGUUAUUAAAGGAUUAUUAACCAUUAUUCCAAUCACGACAUUUGGAUUGGGUACAUGGCAAUAUUAUCGUCUUAAAUGGAAAACCCGUCUUAUAGAAGAAUUUGAAAAAAGAAUGUCUAAUGAGCCUUUAAAAUUAACAAAAGAUGUCAAUUUUUCAGAUAUAAUUUCAUUUGAAUAUCAAAAGGUUUUAUUAACAGGAAGAUUUAUACAUGAUCAAGAAAUACUUGUGGGACCUCGAUUAUAUGAAGGAAGAAAUGGAUAUCAUGUUAUUACACCUAUGGAGCUAGGGGAUGGACGUAAAUGUUUAAUUAAUCGUGGUUGGAUACCAUUUUAUAUGGCAGAUCAAUCAAAAAGAACAGAGGGAAUGCCUAUAGAAGAAGUUACUAUUAAAGGUUUAAUACGUUUGCCUCCAAAAAGUAAUUUAUUUACACCUAAAAAUCAACCUGAAUUAAAAAAAUAUUAUUACAUUAAUAUUGAAGAAAUAUCGAAGCUAACAGAAUCAGAAAACAUAUAUAUAGAACAAUUAAUAGAAAAUGAUUUUAUUAUGGCGCCUUUUUUAGCUACCAAAGGUAAACCCAUUGGUAAACUAGCUGAAAUACAAGUACGAAAUAAACAUUUAGAAUAUAUGGUUACAUGGUAUUCCUUAUCUAUCGCAACAUUAUUCAUGCUAUAUCACGUAUUCAGGCAGUCACCAACAUCAUUAAUUGCUAGAAGAGUAAAUCAAAUCAAAAGAUUUUCUUGA